GGCGAAAGCACAAGAAGAAGACCAAGCAGAAGGACAGCAAACAUCACACGCACAAGAGGCACACACACACACGCGCGCACACACCCUCGCUGUCUGACUCGCUUGCACCGACCGGCAGUGAUGGAUGUGGUCGCAUUGGUGAGCGGCGGCAAGGAUAGCUGCCACAACAUGCUGCACUGUGUAGCUGCAGGGCACCGCAUUGUUGCCCUGGCGAACAUCGCUCCCCCGCAAGAUCAAGACGAGGUGGACAGUUACAUGUACCAGACCGUCGGCCACGAAGCAAUCACCCGCCUGGCACAGGCGCUCGAGCUUCCACUCUAUCGCGCCACAAUCACAGGAGGGAGCGUCGAUACAAGCAAGACGUACGAGCAGACGCAGGGCGACGAAGUGGAGGACCUGGUAGCGCUGCUACAGACCGUGCUGGAGCAUCAUCCAACCGUGAAGGGCGUCUCCGUCGGCGCCAUCCUCUCCGACUACCAGCGCACGCGCGUGGAGAACAUCUGCUCCCGCCUCAACCUCACCGCUCUCUCCUACCUCUGGCAGCGGUCGCAGCCGUCGCUACUUGCUGAGAUGCUCGACACUGGCCUCCAGCCCAUCGUCAUCAAGGUGGCUGCCAUGGGGCUGAACCCGCGCAAGCACUGCGGAAAGCCGCUAUCAGCAUUGCAACCCCUCCUGCACCGGCUGCACGGCGAGUUUGACCUGCACGUGUGUGGCGAGGGUGGCGAGUACGAGACGUUCACCGUUGACGGUCCGCUGUUCAAGAAACGACUGGUACCCACCAACACGCGCGUGGUGAUGCACUCGGAUGACGCCUUUGCGCCCGUCGGAUACCUCCGGCUGGGGGAAAUUGCGCUUGAGGACAAGACGGAGGAUGAGCUGCCGCCGUCGUCACACCAAGACCUGGUCGCAUAUGCGCGGCAGCUGCUGGAGAGGGCAGGGUGCACGGACUGGAGGGCACCAGCGGACGAGGAAGUGGGUGAGGGGCAGGGGCAUGAAGCGGAGGGGGCGACGCAAGCUGCUGAGCAAGAGCAGGACACGCACGCUCGGGCUGCGGACGCAAGUGUACAUGCAGUCGGCGACGAAGACGUGAAUGUCACUGGCGAGGCCCACGAGCCAGCACCACCCCGGGUUGAAAGCAAGACCGCUGGUCCUUGGCUCGCCGUCUGCGUCAACUACCCAUCUCCGUACUCCACGCACACCACGCCACAGCCACAGUCCCCACGACACCAGCAGCAACACCAGGGUGACAGUUCAUCGGGGUUGGACGAGCAGGUGUGCGCGCGUGUGCGAGCCUCACUACAAGCUCUUGAUGCCGAGCUGUCCCUGCGGGGGUUCAGUUUCCACGAUGUGCGACACAUCAAUCUCACCGUCCGUGACAUGGCGCAGUUUGCAGCCAUCAACGCAGAGUACAUCAGGCACUUUGGAACCAACCCUCCAUCGCGUGUGUGUGUGCAGGAAGCGCUGCCUCCCUCGUGUCCGCUUGUGAUUGAAGCGUUUGCUUUCAAACCGCCACUAGACAGCGACACAUCCAUGUCAUCAGCACCACCGCUGCCACCACCACGACACAUGCACGUGCAGGGCCUCUCGCAUUGGGCGCCCGCGAACAUCGGGCCCUACAGCCAGGCAGUGGAGGCUGGUGGCGUGUUGUUUAUGGCUGGACAGAUUGGCCUCCACCCAUCGUCCAUGACCCUUGCACGCACACCUGAACAGCAAGCAUCGCUGUCGCUGAGGAGUGUUGAACGCGUGUUGCAAGCGCACGGCCUGACGCUGCAGCACACGCUGUCAUGCAUCUGCUUUCUCCGCCAUGCGUCUCUGCUUCCACACUGUCAGCAAGUGCUUUCCAGGGCCGUUUCAAACGCAGAUCACGACGAGCGUUUUGCGUUUGAUCCGCGCAAAAGCGCUUCACCGCUCCCAAUCUCCGUAGAGACGUCAACAGCGUACUGCGUGGUGCCGGACUUGCCCAAGCAUGCUGAGGUUGAAUGGCACUUCACGGCGGUGACAGAUGGAUCCGUCGUCCAGCAGCAGCGUGACUUGCCAUUGCCAAACAAUUCCGGACGCGCAAGGGCGACAGCGGUCGUAGCAGACAUGCACGCACUCGUCCACGUGCACGUCCCAGCAGAAGCGUGCUACACCCACCCACAAACCACUUCAACAACACCAUCAUCAACAUCGACGUUGCAGGCGGUGGUGGACACGUGCGUGCGGCAGGUUGCUGACUGGCUGCCAGAUACGUGUGCCCGCGCUCACCUCAUCUCAUGCCGUGUACUGUGCGACGAGAUGGAAGCGAGCGACCUUGCCACUGCCCUUGACGCACAGCAAGAGGUGCUAUUUGCCGGUGCGCCCGUGUGCGUGCUGCCUGUUCGUCUGCUGAGCGGUGACGGUCUUGUGCUGCACUGCAUGUACGCGCUUGAUCCACCACCAUUCACCAACGACGACGACAAUGGUGAUGGUGAUGGUGUGGUUGAGGAUGAAAUCUUUGAAGACUGAACUGUGUGUGUGUAUGUGUGUAUGUGUGUAUGUGUGUAUGUGUGUGUGUGUGUGUGCUUUGGCGGUUGUGUGGGGACUCGUGUUCAAUACAACAAUACAAAAUGUUAUGAUGUUCGAAGGGAACAAAACAAUAAACCAGG